AUGUCGCUCUCGGCGUCGUGCGCGCGCGCCAUGCGCGAGAAAACCGCUGAAGAUGCGCUGGAUACCGUUAUAAGCUGCGUCGCGUGCGAGUGCGCGUACGACGGGGACGAACGUGCCGUGGCGCGCAGACUCGGAACGUUGGAGCGAGCCAUCGUGUUGCGCGCGCUCGACGCUUCGCGAGCGCCUCUGGCGGUUCUGCGCGAUCGAAUCUUGAGACGAAGCGCGAGGAGAUGGUUCGUCGGCGUCGAGGCGAGCGCAAAGGGCGCGGCGAAUCGAGCGGUGGUUUUGGAAACCUGCGACGCGUAUUACUACGCGUUCGGGGGAACGCAGACGACGAGAGAUUUGAUAUCCGAUGCGAAUUAUUGGAUGAGCUCGGUGGAGGACGAGGCGAAGGCGCAUCGAGGAUUUCUCGCGCGCGCCGAAACCGUCGCCGCAGACGUGAUGUUCGCUCGCGCGCGAGCGAGAGGAAAACGAUUGGUGAUGUGCGGACACUCCUUAGGUGGGGCCACCGCGGCGUUGGCGACGGUCAUACUGUUGUUGAGGAGACCCGAGGCGGCGGGGCGCGUGCGAUGUGUCACCUUCGCCAUGCCGCCCGUGGGCGACGAGAGCUUGAGUCGACUCGUCGUAGAUCGGCGAUGGACGUCGACGUUUACGCACAUUUGCGCGCCCGAAGACCGAAUAUCGAGACUGCUUCUGUCGCGACCGGGAUACGUACACUUUGUGCGUCCAAAAUAUUUGCUCGAAGAUGGCCGAAUCGUGAUGAAGGAGUUGGACGUGGACGACGACGACGCGCUACAGCGCGUGCAUCGAGACUCGGCUGGCUUUAUGCGAGCACCGCGCAGCGUGGUGUACGUGCACGCAAUGAAGACUUAUCGCGACCGGUUAAUGCUGACGUUGCGUAGUGCGCUGUCAUCUUUCGAUGCCGAUGCCUUCGUCGCCGAAACUCCGCGCGCGGUGCCGAUGCGCUCGCACCUAGGCCCGGAGCCGACUCUCAAGAGCGCCGUUGGCGUCCUCGCGCGAGACGGUGGUGGUAUUGUCGUGCUAGUACGCGGGACAAGCAUCGACACGCGGACGUGUUCGCGCACGCGAGCGGAAGCAAAAGGUUGGUUGUGCUCGACGACGGCCACAGUGCUCGGGAGCGAUUCUCUAAUCGUGGCCGUGUCGCCGCCCGCGUUGCACGGCGCGCCGUUGCCGAGCGACGCGGUCUGCUCGCCCGGGAAUCAUGCUUCCUGGAUGCCGCUCGUUGUAGGAGUUGGUGGCGAUUUUUCGCUCGCUUUCGUGAAUGUUCGCAUCAUUCCUCGUGUCGUGAUUUUCGUUCGAAGCGACGCGAGCGACGCGUCGUGGAUUGCGCUUCAAAAGUCGUCUCUGCAGACGAAGCAAACGGGAUGGAUCGUAAAAGAAGUGGGACCGUUGAAACGCAAAGCCAUCGACGGUUUUGUGGAAUCUUCGCCCGGUUGCGUGUGCGUCAUGCGCGCUGUGUCGGAUGGACUCGUAGUACGAGAAGGUGGCCGCGACAAGGACGCGAUAGGAAUGAGCGUUCCCGCAGACGACGUCCGAGCUGUAGAAAAGUCCAUUCGCGCGGCGCUGCAAUCGACGGAGAUGGAUGCGUUAGAACACGCGCCGCACACAGCGCUCGCGAGAGCGAAACUUUAG